UUUUCGAGAAAGAGGAUUCUCAAAUAUCUAGUGAGCCGGUAGGCGCCCUUUCGGUUAAGCGCUAAGCUCCUUGAUGCGCUCGGUCGUCCUCAAGAAUCCGCGCAUCUCGGCCCUAUCCUCUUACCGGCGCUGCGGCGACUUUUCUUCAGUACGCCGGCCGUUCUCGUCCUCUUCCCCCUCUACGCCCAUCGACACACUUAACACCAACCUACGCCCCUUUCCUGAGUACACCCCUAAGAAGCUCAGCAUCACCGACGCCAAACUCGUCCACAACCUCACCACCGCUCUGAAGCAGCGACGUCCCCACUCCCUCGAUCGCACUCUCAUCCCCUUUGCCGACCGCCUCCGAUCCGACCACCUCGUUUGGGCUCUCUUCCAACUCCGCUUCCACCCUGCUAUCGCCCUCUCCUUCGUCCGCUGGUUCCGCGGCAAAACUCGCUUCGUCGUACCUGCCGAGGCUCAAGCGAUCGCCGCACACCUCGCUCUUGUCUCUGGCCGGGUAGGCGCCGCUCGCCAGCUUCUACGGCAGGGAAUCGCUUCUUAUAGGAAUUUCAUCGAACAGGUCAUCUACACUUACCGCCAUUGGUCGUUGGCCCCAGAGGUUUUCGAUCUCCUCUUUCGCGCUAUGGUGGAGCUCAGAAGGAUAGAAGAAGCCCACUCACUCUUUUUCCACCUCACUGCUUUUGGGGUCGUUAUCUCAGUGGAGUCCUGCAAUGCGUUCCUCUCGCAUCUUCCCGUUGAUGCUGCUCUGAAUGUUUUCGUUGAGUUCCCGCUCUCUGGCGUUAGGUGGAAUACCAAUUCCUAUAAUAUUUUGAUAUGUGGGCUAUGCAGAGUGGGGAAGCUGGUGGAGGCCUGCGAAUUAUUGCUUAAAAUGAACUCUGAGGGCACUGUUCUGCCAGACGUCAUCACCUAUAGCACCAUUAUCGAUGGGUAUUGCCGUUCCGGGGAACUUCAGAGAUCCUAUGAUUUGUUUCAAGAAAUGCGUUCCAGAGGUUUGAAGCCAAAUGAGUUCACUUUUAACAGCAUAAUGGCCCUUCAAUGCAAGAAGGGGAUGGCUGUGGAGGCAGAAAGGUUACUUCUUGUGAUGGAGAAUGAAGGUGUGGUUCCUGAUUCUGCUGUCUACACUACUUUAAUCAGUGGAUACUCUAAUAUUGGUAGCCUAUCUGCCGUGCAUCGCCUGGUUGAUGAGAUGAAGGAUAAAGGGUUAGUUCCUGAUGCUGGGACAUACACUACUUUAAUUAGUAGCCUCUGUCGAUGCGGGAGGAUCAUUGAUGCUGACCUGCUCUUCCAGGAAAUGCUCAGAAAAGGAUUAAGUGCUGAUCAAGUCACUUAUACCGUGUUGAUUGAUGGAUAUGCUAAGGAUGGCAGGAUGCAGGAGGCAUUUCGACUGCACGAGGAGAUGUUGCAGGCUGGCUUGAUGCCAAACAUUGUGACUUACACUGCUCUUUCUGAUGGCCUGUGCAAGCAGGGGGAGUUGGAGGCUGCAAAUGAGCUUUUGCAUGAGAUUUGUCAAAAAGGAUUGCAGUUGAAUGUAUGUACAUAUAACUCACUAAUCAAUGGGCUUUGCAAAUCAGGGAACAUAGAACAGGCUAUGAAGACCUUAGAGGAGAUGGAAGCAGCAGGACUUAAUCCAGAUGCUUACACUUACACUACUUUGAUGGAUGCUUAUUGCAAAAUUGGUGAGUUAACUAGAGCUCACGGUCUCCUUAGGGAGAUGUUGGAUAAAUGCAUCCAACCAAGCAUUGUCACUUUCAAUGUCUUAAUGAAUGGAUUUUGCGCUGCGGGAAAGUUAGAAGAUGGACAAAAGCUUCUUGAAUGGAUGUUAGGAAAGAAGAUAAUGCCCAAUGCAGCUACCUAUAAUGCUUUGUUAAAGAAUUACAGCAUGGAGAAGAACAUGAAAGUUGUGACAGAAAUAUAUAGGGGGAUGCAUUCUAGAGGGAUCUUGCCAGAUGAGAGGACAUACAAUAUUCUGAUCACGGGGCAUUGCAAAGCAAGAAACAUGAAGGAGGCGUGUUAUUUUCACAAGGAAAUGAUUGGGAAAGGUUUUAGAAUGAGUGCUACCUCAUACAAUGCACUUAUUGAAGGGUUAUACAGAAAGAAGAGGUUUAUGGAGGCAAAACAAUUGUUUCAAGAGAUGCAAGAUGUUGGUCAUGUCGCCAAUAAGAAUAUAUAUAAUCUUUUCAUAGAUUUGAGCUACAAUGAAGGGAAUAUUGAACGGACCCUCGAGCUUUGUGAUGAAGCAAUAGAGAAAUGCCUUAUUGGAUCUUAAGUUUGCGAAAUUUGAUGUGUAAAGGAAUAGAGAAUACUUUGAAUGCGUAUUACAAUGUUUUGGUGUGCUCUGGAACAUGAAAUGGAGCCGAUUGUGCCAACCGGAUGAAUGAGCUAUCAAAUUGUUGGAAAGUGCACUGUGCCUGACCACAAUUUCCAAGCGGCUGAUUUUGUACUCUGGUGAGCGGUAAACGACUUGAUUUGUUUUCGACUUUGUCCUGAAGCUUAGAACUUCCAUGAGGCAAAAGCGUAGCAUUCUAUGAUAUAUUUUCAGAUUGUAAUUUGAUGUUAGGAAGUGGCGUCAUCAAGAAAUAAGCAACCACCAGUACUAUUGGGAGGAAAUCCGAGGAUUAUGUGAAAGAAUUGACAAAAACUGGUGGAGUGUGAUCAUGUCCAGGUUCUAGCAUCAAAGUUGCAGAUGUAAAUGAGGUAAGAACAGUGGAAUGAGAUUAGCUAAUAUCAUUGAGAGCUGGUUAGAAUGGUGAAGCAGUCUGUCUUUUUGCAUGGCCAAACUUUUGAACUCUGAAUUCACUCCAGCCUAUGUUACACUGGAUAAGUAGAUAUCUUGUAUGCAUUUCUUAUGUGAAAAUGAAUUAUUAAUAACUCGGCUAAGAAGUGAGAACAACUUUUGGUGGCUUAUUAAUCUACUAAUGAUCACAUGACUAGUGAUUUGUUGAAUAUUGGUCACGUAUAUGUAUGUAAAGGCCGCCUUUUCUCA